GAAAAAACAACGCUUCCCCUUCGAUUCGCCCCCGCAGAAAGAGGCGACAAAUAAAAUACAAAAAAAAAAGAAAAAGAAAAACCCGAACCCGAGAGAGGCGAGAGAGCUCUCUCCACGAUAUCCUCCUCGCCUCCCUCGCGCGCCGAAUCGUCGAUCUCUCGCCGUCCUCGGUUCUCCCCAACCCCGCGAUCCCUCCCGCCGCUUCUCAAUCGAUGACCAGCAUCGAGCCGUUGUGAAGAACUCGGCCCUCCUCCCCGCCGUCCUUCGCCUCCCUCAUCGGGAGAUCUAUCUGCCUCGGGGCGGUGGAGGGAGCCGCGACUCGAUCGAUAUCCAGUGGUUUUCGAUCUCCCGGGUUUAGAUCUUGGGAAGGUUUCUCGCCGUUCUUGGAAUUUCUGGGGUUUCCUUGGGUUUCUUGGCUCCGAAGCGUGGGAUUUGUGGGUGUUUCUUCUUUGAUUUGCGCCGCCGAGGAAUGCUGCAUGGAUAAAGGAGUUGUUGGGCUUCGGAAGCCAGCGAGAGUGUUCCGUAUGUCGGGAAACUUCUCAUCUGGGUGACCUCUUGCUGGAGGAAUCGUGAAUCCUAUUGAAACAGGGUGGCUAUUCAAGAUACUUAUUGAUAUAGGAACUGCUGAACAACUACAGCUGCCAUCUUUUCUGGAUGGCCUGGAGUUUUGCUUGAUUUUGACCCACAAAGAGGGAUGAAAGCCAAGAAUUUCAGUCAAAAGCCUACUCUGGUUGGACACUUUGCAGGUGUUGCACUAAUUAUGGCCCUUAGGAAAUACAAACCUUCUGGUGAUGCAUCUUCUGCCAGUAUGGCAUCUUUGAAUUUUAACAAGAAGGUGCGUGAGAAGGUCAAUCCUGUGGAGCCAGAAAUGACAGCAAGCCUCCCAACAGAGGCUGAUGUAGAUAUUGACCUCAGAGAAGUCUACUUUUUGAUAAUGCAUUUUCUAUCAGCUGGGCCAUUUAAUCGGACAUAUGGACAGUUUUGGAAUGAGCUUUUGGAGCAUCAGCUUCUACCGAGAAGAUACCAUGCUUGGUAUUCAAGAAGUGGUUUACGGAGUGGGGAUGAAGAUGAUGAUGGUGUGUCACUCCCAUUGUGCUACCUCAAGCUGGCUGAGAGGUACCCUCACAUCGGAAAAGAUCACUUGGUAAAGCUUUUGAAGCAAUUGAUUCUUAAUUCUUCCCAUCAAUUGCAUGGCAUGGUUGGUGGAGGUCUUCCAAAUGCAGCUGAUGUUCCCACACUCCUGGGUUCUGGUUCCUUUUCUCUUCUUGGAUCUGAUAGGGAUAAAGAAGACAAGGGAACCGAUAAGUUGCCUGGUUAUCUGCGUUGGCCACACAUGCAGGCUGAUCAGGUGCGUGGGUUAAGCUUGAGGGAGAUAGGUGGUGGUUUCACAAAACAUCAUCGUGCUCCAUCUGUUCGUGCAGCAUGCUAUGCCAUUGCUAAACCAUUGACUCUAGUGCAAAAGAUGCAAAUCAUAAAAAAAGUACGGGGACAUCAGAAUGCUGUCUAUUGUGCUACAUUUGAUCGCUCAGGGCGAUAUGUAAUUACUGGUUCAGACGAUCGCCUUGUAAAGAUCUGGUCAAUGGAAACUGCAUUUUGCCUGACCAGCUGCCGCGGACAUGAAGGUGACAUUACUGAUUUGGCUGUGAGUUCAAAUAAUGCGUUGGUAGCAUCUUCUUCAAAUGAUUUCAUUAUUAGAGUUUGGCGUUUACCUGAUGGACUACCAAUUUCAGUCCUGAGGGGACACACUGGAGCAGUAACUGCUAUUGCCUUUAGUCCCAGGCCAAGCGCAGUUUACCAGCUAUUAUCGUCUUCUGAUGAUGGAACCUGCCGGAUCUGGGAUGCUAGGAACUCCCAACUUAGUCCACGAAUUUACAUCCCGAAACCUUCAGAUAAUUCAGCUGGAAAGAGCUCUGAUCCCUCUCCUAGUACUGUUCAACACAGUCAUCAGAUCUUAUGUUGUGCAUUUAAUGCUAAUGGAACUGUAUUUGUCACUGGCAGCUCAGACACAUAUGCGAGGGUCUGGAAUGCUUGUAAGAGCAACACUGAUGACUCUGAGCAACCAAAUCAUGAGAUGGAUCUGUUAUCUGGUCAUGAAAAUGAUGUCAAUUAUGUGCAAUUCAGUGGCUGUGUUGUGGCUUCUAGAUCUCCUACAGCUGAUAUUUUAAAGGAGGAUAAUAUUCCAAAGUUCAAAAAUUCCUGGUUCACCCAUGACAACAUAGUCACGUGCUCCCGUGAUGGCAGUGCAAUUAUCUGGAUUCCAAGGUCCCGACGAUCUCAUGGAAAAGUUGGGCGCUGGACACGUGCUUAUCAUCUUAAGGUUCCUCCUCCACCUAUGCCUCCUCAACCUCCACAUGGGGGUCCACGUCAGAGAUUUCAGCCAACUCCUCGAGGUGUUAAUAUGAUUGUGUGGAGCUUGGAUAACCGCUUCGUGCUUGCUGCUAUCAUGGAUUGCAGAAUAUGUGUUUGGAAUGCGUCUGAUGGCAGCUUAGUUCAUUCGUUGAUUGGUCAUAGUGAAUCAACAUUUGUCUUGGAUGUGCAUCCUUUCAAUCCUCGGAUAGCUAUGAGUGCUGGGUAUGAUGGAAAGACGAUCAUCUGGGAUAUAUGGGAGGGCACACCAGUACAGAUCUAUGAAACUGGACGCUUUAAGUUGGUUGAUGGAAAAUUCUCUCCGGAUGGGACAUCUAUUGUUCUCUCAGAUGAAGUUGGACAAAUAUUUAUAAUAGCCACAGGGCAAGGGGAGUCUCAAAAGGAUGCAAAAUACGAUCAGUUUUUCCUUGGAGAUUAUCGCCCCCUUGUCCAAGAUGCCAAUGGAAAUGUUUUAGAUCAGGAGACCCAGCUUUUAGCAUAUCGAAGAAAUAUUCAGGAUCUCCUUUGUGAUUCAAGCAUGAUCCCCUACCCUGAACCUUACCAGAACAUGUACCAGCAGCGUCGGUUGGGUACCCUGGGUGUUGAGUGGCAUCCUACUUCAGUAAAUUUUGCAGUUGGCCCAACUUACAAUGUUGAUACUGGUGAUUAUCAAAUGCUGCCAAUUGUAGACCUGGAUAGAUGGGCUGAGCCUUUACCAGAAUUCAUAGAUGCCAUUGACUGGGAACCGGAAAACGAAGUACAAAGUGAUGAUACUGAUUCCGAGUACAAUGUCACCGAUGAAUAUUCAAGUGAAGGGGAACAUGAGAGUUUAAGCAGCAGUUCCUCUGGAGAGCCUGUGUGCAGUGCAGAUGACAGUGGGGACCAUAAUAAUGAGUGCCUCCGGAGAUCUAAAAGGAAGAAGCACAAGUCGGAAGUGGAGUUCACAACUUCUUCUGGGAGGCGUGUUAAAAGAAGAAACUUGGACGAGCAUGAUGGCACUACUUUAUCAAGGACUCAUAGACUGCGGAGGUCAAGAAGUGGCUGGUUGGCUUCAAGGAAAAAAUCAUCUAAAUCAAAGUCAUUGCGGCCUCAGAGGCGCGCUGCGCGCAAUGCUCUUAAUUUAUUUUCUAAAAUAACUGGAGUUUCUACAGAUGGGGAAGAUGAAGAUGACUCGGAGAGCAGUUCCUCAGAAAGUGAAUCGAUGCUUCCAGAUUCAAACACUCAAAGCAUGGAGUCUGACAAGUCAAGGCAGAAUAACCAGAUAAAGCAUGCAAAAGAGAAGGAAGUCUCCAGAGUUGAGUGUGAAGAUGUUGCAAAACCUUCUGCACUUGCUGAAUCUCAGGCAAAUGUUGGAAGCAAGAGGAGAUUGGUCCUUAAAUUGCCACGUCGUGAUCAAAAAGCUGUUUUGUCUUCUAAGAAAACGAGACUUGAAUGCGAUGAACAGGAUGUUCUUGUUGACUCAUUAGCUAAAGCAAAUACUGAUGUAGCUAACCCAAAUAGAACAUGUGAGCCAGCACAUAUUUUUGGCAACACAGCUGAUGAUAUCAGAGAAAUAGGGCUAACUGAAAAGUCAGACCAGCUUAACUUGUCUGCAGCUUACCAGGGUAGCACAAUCAAAUGGGGAGAAGUAAAGUUGCGCUCUUCUAAACGUCUGAGAUUGGGCGAUGGUUCGCUGACAGAAACAUGGCCUGCAAGUAAUGCAUGUCCAGAUGGUCCUAACAUAGUUGGAAGUGACACUAAUGGACAUCUCAAAUCUGAGGAUGAGUAUGGAACAUCCUCUAAUUCCAGGAUCCGAGCUCAUGGAAACAGUAUUGGCAGAAUGAGAUGCAGAGAUAAAGCACAAGUUGAAGAUGGUGUUUCACAUGGAUUGGAUGGUGCAAGAGUUGAAGAGCUUUCUUCUGAUAGGAAGGGCAAGUCUUCAGAACUUCCGCAGUCGUCACCAUAUAUUGACCAAGAGAACAAGGUUACAAUCCGAGUCACGUCUAAUGGCAACAGAAUUGAGUCAGCAACACAUAUGGAUGAGGAACACCAAAAUAGCUAUCAGAACAGUGAAUCCAGGGGUAUUGCUGUUCGCCUAGAAGGAUCUGAAGUUGUGAACGAUAAUAAAAAUGGCUACAUAUUUAGCAGUAAGAAUAGUGCUGACCAUGAUCAGGUGGAGAAAAAUGCUCAGCCCAGCUAUCUUAAGGUAAGGAUCAAAUCAAGAGAACUAGCCAAGGAAACCAGCAGUUCAUCUUCCAAGUUAAAAGCUAUUGCAGUUGAAGAUCUUAGGAGCUCUGAGUGUGAACUAAUGUCCAACAGUCCAACAACAAAUGAACAAAAUGGAGUUUCUGGGAUGCGUGAAGAAGAUGAGGGUACUAGUGGACAGAAUCCAGAGCAUGGUGAAUGGAAUAAUGGAUCAGAAAGCUUGGAGACAUGGGCAAAUCAAAAUGCCGAGCCAUCCAUUUCACAUGAUUCAAAGAAGAUGCAUGCAGAAUCCUAUAUUAAGAAGUACAAUGUUGUGUAUAAAAGGUCAAAGUCAUUCAGGGGUAGGAAGAACUCUAAUGGUGGUUUCCAUGGAAUGGAUGAUAGCACGUGGAAUUGCAACAACCAAGGUGGAAAUAUGAAAGUCAAUCUCAGUGAUGCUAUGGCUGAUGGCAUCCGUCAAACAAGAUCCAUGGGUACAAGGGCAAGCAUGGAUGAGAUUACACCUAGGACAAGUAGUUUCCGAGUGAAACAAUGUCAUGGUUCUUUAGAAACAUCUAGAACUGGAGGAAGAUCAAUACUAAAUGGUGGCGAUGAACUUCUAUGUGAUCAAUGGAAGCCAACCUCAAAUAUGACUGUUGGUUUACGGUCUACCCGAAACAGAAGAGAAAAUUAUAGCUCUACUGACUCGAGACCUUUAGAUAAGCGAAAAUACCAACCAUUAUGUAGACUUUCAUGGUUGAUGUUGUUAGAGCAUGAAGAGAGCUAUCGAUAUAUUCCCCAACAAGGUGAUGUGGUUGCAUACUUGAGACAGGGCCAUGAAGAAUACAUCAAAGCUUCCCGUUUGCAUGGAGCAGGGCCUUGGAAAUCGAUCAAAAGCUUAAAAGCUGUAGAAUUUUGCAAAGUUCAGGGCUUUGAUUACUCUACUCUUCCUGGAUCUGGGGAAAGCUGCUGCAAACUUACACUUGAGUUUAUAGAUCCUUCUUCGAGUGGGUUUGGUAAAGCUUUCAGGAUCACUUUGCCUGAGCUUGUUGCUUUCCCAGACUUCCUUGUGGAAAGAACGCGUUAUGAUGCUGCCAUUGAGAGAAACUGGACGCACAGAGAUAAGUGUCAGGUAUGGUGGAGGAAUGAGGAUGGAGAUGGUGGGAGUUGGUGGGAGGGUCGUAUUUUGGCAGUAAAGACUAAAUCUUCUGACUUUCCGGAGAGCCCAUGGGAGAGAUAUGUUAUACAGUACAGAAAUGAUUGUUCUGGACAGCAUUUACAUAGUCCUUGGGAACUUCAUGAUGCCGAUAGCCAGUGGGAGCAUCCCCAUAUUGAUGACAUGGCCAGGAGCAAGUUGUUAUCCAGUAUUGCCAAGAUAGAGCAAACCUCAAUCAGGAAUCAGGACUGUUAUGGUAUCCAGAAACUGAAUCAGGUAGCACAGAAGUCUGAUUUUCUAAACAGGUUCCCUGUUCCACUGUCCCUUGAGGUAAUCAAGAGGAGAUUAGAAAACAAUUAUUAUCGCACUUUGGAGGCAGUAAAGCAUGAUGUCUCAGUUACACUUUCAAAUGCUGAGUCCUACUUUGGCAGAAGUGCAGAGAUGACGAUGAAGAUGCGACGACUGUCUGAUUGGAUCACACGCAUUUUUUCAUCUUUGUAGGAUGUGGAACAUUUUUGUAGAAGAUGCUCUCUGAUGAGGUUUAGGCUGCUGCUUUUCUGUAGAUAAGUCUUUUUAACUCGUAGUUUCACAUGCUGGCAGUCAUUUACCCAUUGAUCCAAUUUUUUUUUUUUUUGGGUGGGGGGGUGGGGGUGGAAUUGGUUUUCCUUUGGGAAGAUUGUUUUGAGGGCCCUCUAGAGGAGAGGAUGUUCAGAGAGAGAGCUGGUGCGGGGAAACAACCCACCAGAUUCAUUUAUGUAUAGAUCCAUUUCCAUUAUCAAUAAAAAGAAAAGAAAGUAAAGCUUGUUAUUUUUCCCA